GAAAGUCUCACUUGCCUCUGGCAACUGAAGAUGAUGUUACUAUGGAAACAGUUUUUGCUGCUAUCAAUCAUGGAGUGUCUUGCAGAUGGCUCGGAUUAUAAGUCAUUUCACGGCCCCAGAUGGAGGAUGGAGCCCAGCGAUCUGACUCUCCCAGUGGGGGGGAAGCAGACAGAGGCCACCCUCACCUGCGAUGCCAAGGGCACCCCGCCCCCCCAGUACAGAUGGUCAUUGAACGGCACGUUGAUCGAUCUCAGGAUGGACCAGAGGUGGGUCCUGUCGGGCGGCAACCUGAUCAUCAGGGAUUUGGAUCGGGACCAGGACGCCGGGACCUACCAGUGCACAGCCUACAACCCACACGGCGCCAUCCUCAGCAGGCGGGCCAGCCUCAAGUUUGCAUACUUGAAUUUCAAAAGUCAAGCCAGAAGUGCUGUAUCCGUUCGAGAAGGCCAAGGUGUCGUCUUGCUUUGUGGAACACCAACUUACUCAGGAGACCUUACAUUUGCUUGGGUCUUCAAUGAAUACACUUACUUCGUCCAACAAGACAAUCGCCGCUUUGUUUCUCAGGAGACUGGGAACCUGUACAUCGCUAAAGUCGAGCCGUCCGACGUGGGCAAUUACACCUGCAUCGUGAUGAACCGCGUCACCAGGGAGAGAGUGAGCAGCUCCCCCACUCCUCUGGUCCUCAGGACAGACGGAGCUAUGGGUGAAUACGAGCCGAAAAUAGAAGUUCAUUUCCCUGACACAGUCCCAGCUGCGAAGGGAUCAGUUGUUACGCUGGAGUGUUUCGCUCUCGGCAACCCAGUCCCAGAGAUCACCUGGCGGCGGGCGAAUGGCGUGCCCUUCCCCAGCAAGGUGAAGAUGAAGAACUCCAACGUGGUGCUGGAGAUCCCCAGCUUCCAGCAGGAGGACGCCGGUGGAUACGAGUGUCUGGCCGAGAACAAGAUGGGCAAGAACGUCGCCAGAGGACGACUCCUGUACCACGCCAAGCCCCAGUGGGUGCAGACGAUGCGGGACACGGCGCUGGCCAUCGACGAGCGGCUGGCCUGGGAGUGCAAGGCCAACGGGAAGCCCAAGCCCUCCCACACGUGGCUCAAGAACGGAGAGACGCUCGCCCCCGAGGAGAGACUGCAGCUGGUGGACGGCGCUCUCUCCAUAGAGGCGGUGCAGCUGGCAGACGGAGGCAUGUACCAGUGCGUGGCCGAGAACAAGCACGGCGUCAUCUACUUCAGCGCUGAGCUGGUGGUGCUGGCGUCCGCCCCAGACUUCUCCAAGAGCCCGCUGCGGCCGCUGCAGAAAGCCAAGGCGGGCAGUGCGGUCACGCUGGAGUGCCGGCCCCAAGCCUACCCCCGAGCAAUUAGCCUGUGGAAGAAAGGCGAGGAGCCGCUGCUGACCACCGAGAGGGUAAUUAUUCUUCCUGAUGGAACGUUGAAAAUCACAAAUUUGACAAAGACGGAUGGAGGCACCUACACCUGCCUGGCACAAAACCAGUUCGGGACUGCCAGCACCUCCGGAAGACUUCUAGUCACAAAGCCCACCAGGAUCAGUCAGGGCCCGUCGAACAUGGAGAUCAUUGUGGGCGAGAGCAUCGUACUCCCCUGUCAGGUGGCGUGCGACCCGGCCCUGGACGUAGCGUUCUCCUGGGCUUUCAACGGCCAAGUCAUCAGCAAGGCGGACCGACACUUCGAACACGUAGGAGGGCCAACAGCGGGUGACCUGAUGAUUCGGAACAUCCAGCUGAAGCACGCUGGGAAGUAUGUGUGUGUGGUGGACACAGAUGUCGAGAGCCUCUCAGCCUCUGCGGUUCUGGUCGUCAAAGGUCCCCCAGGCCCCCCGGACAGCGUGACGGUGGACGAGAUCACAGACAACACCGCUCAGGUGUCCUGGAAGCCUGGCCCUGACAACGGCAGCCCCAUCAGGGGAUACAUCCUCCAGACCAAGACCCCGUUCACCGUGGGCUGGCAGGCGGUGGACACAGUCCCCGAGGUGAUCGAUGGGAACACGCUGACGGCCACCGUGGUGAACCUGAACGCCUGGGUGGAGUACGAGUUCCGCGUUGUGGCGCGCAACAGCGUGGGCAUGGGGGAGCCCAGCCCCGCCUCGCUCAAGACCCGCACGGAAGAUUCCGUCCCCGACACGGCCCCCACUGAUGUCAGCGGCGGCGGAGGCUCCAAAUCAGAGUUGGUAAUAACGUGGGAGCCGGUGCCUGAGGAACUGCAGAAUGGCGACGGCUUCGGCUACAUCAUCGCCUUCCGGCCGCUGGGUGAGGUCACCUGGACGCACGCCGUCACCUCCACGCCCGGCGUGUCGCGCUACGUCUACCGCAACGACACCAUCCCCCCCUUCUACCCCUUCAGCGUGAAAGUGGGCGCCUACAACACCAAAGGCCAGGGCCCCUUUGGCGCCGCCACCACCGUCUUCUCCGCCGAGGAGGAGCCCAGUGGUGUGCCGGGCCGAGUGUGGGUCAGAAGUGCCUCGGCCUCCGAGAUCGAAGUGAACUGGCUGCCUCUCGCCGCCUCCUCUCCUGAAAGAGUCCUGGGCUAUGAGGUUGUGUAUUGGGAGGAUGACACCAAGCCCGAGACGAUGGGCAAAGUGCGAGUGUCUGGCAAUCAGACGUCUGUCUAUGUCAGCGGCCUGAAGGGCCACACUCAGUACUUUCUGACCGUGAGCGCCUUUAACACAGCCGGAACCGGUCCGCCCUCGCCCACAAUCAACGCCACCACCAAACGAUUCCCCCCUGGCCAGGCGCCGCAGAAUGUGGAGUGGACACUCAUUGGCUCCAAGCUCAUCGUGCACUGGGAUCCGGUGGUCGCCAUGGAGAUGGAGUCAGAGGUCACAGGGUAUCAGGUGUCCUACUGGAGGCGGAGGCACAGAGAAUUGAACAGCGUUACCACCAAUGAGACGACAGUGGAGAUCCUGCUGCCUGCCGACGAUGACUAUGUCAUCCAGGUCCGGGCCCUGAGCGAUGGGGGCGAGGGAAUCCCUACAGAAACCAUCUCCAUCCACAAGCUCAGUAUGAGUGCAAGGGGAUCAGGAGCGUGGCGGCCCAGUUCUGUCGCGCCGCCUCUACUCGUCUUUGUGGCAUUGUCUACGUUCAAGGCUCCUCUCUAA